CCCUGAGCCUCUGGGCUGUCACUCUGUUGAAGUGCGGGGAGCCCCCCACCCCGAGGGCAGGGCCCAGGGACUGUCUUGGUCACUGCGUGUCCCCAGCAUCACCCAGCAAAGCGCCGGGCACAAAGUGAGGGCUGAGCAAAGAUUUGGUAAAUAGCUAAGGAUCCCCACUCUGUGAGGGCACAGGUGACACCUGGCUCUGUGGUGUCCCCUUUGUGAGUUAGACAGGGGUUCCCUCCAGGUGGACGCAGCUCCACUCCAGAACGCACGACCUGGCGCGUGGAGCUAGGGCUGAUUUCAGUUUGUCCCCUUGUCCCCUCAGCCACGCGCCCCGGUGCGGCGCACAACCUUCGCAGCCUUGAGCAAUGGCCCUAAGGAGUCUCUUUUCGGUCCGCUAGCCGCAAAGAGACUUAGGAUUCUCUCUGGCGUAGGGAGCCGCGGCUCCGGGGAGGAAGCAAAGGAAGGAAGGGGGAGAAAAGGAAGAAUACUCCCAACCCAAGCAUCCCGCUGGUCUCCUGGGUCCGGGAGCGCUGGUCUCCUCCCUCUGUCCUCACACCUGGCGGUGGGGCGUGACUCAGUUUCCUCCACCCCCGCCCCUCCCCUUUUUCCUCUUCUUCCUCUUUGGGGCGCUGGCGGCCGCGCGUCAAGCACUCCCGGAACUGAAGCUGGGCGCCUGGCGGUCGGGAGGCAGGGGCCACGUCAGCGGAGCGGCCGGGAGCUUGGCGGGCCGGCCGGCUGCGCCAUGCGGCGGGGAGCGCUGCUGGCGGGCGCCCUGGCGGCGUACAUCGCUUACCUGGUGCUGGGCGCGCUGCUGGUGGCGCGGCUGGAGCGGCCGCACGAAGACCGCCUCCGAGCUGAGCUGCAGACUCUGCGCCAGCAGCUGCUGCAGCGCAGCCCGUGUGUAGCUGCCCCUUCCCUGGACGCCUUCGUGGAGCGGAUGCUGGCGGCAGGACGGCUGGGGCGCGCAGCACUCGCCAACGCCUCGGGGUCCGCCAACGCCUCGGACCCCGCCUGGGACUUCGCCUCGGCGCUCUUCUUCGCCAGCACGCUGGUCACCACCGUGGGCUACGGGUACACGACGCCGCUGACCGACGGGGGCAAGGCCUUCUCCAUUGCCUUUGCGCUCCUGGGCGUGCCGGCCACCAUGCUGCUGCUGACCGCCUCGGCCCAGCGCCUGUCGCUUCUGCUCACCCACGCGCCGCUGUCCUGGCUGAGCCGGCGCUGGGGCUGCCACCGCGCGCAGGCGGCCCGCUGGCACCUGGCGGUCCUGCUGGGGAUCGUGGUGACCAUCUGCUUCCUGGUACCGGCCGCAGCCUUUGCCCACCUUGAGGAGGCCUGGAGCUUCCUGGACGCCUUCUACUUCUGCUUCAUCUCUCUGUCCACCAUUGGCCUGGGUGACUAUGUGCCUGGAGAGGCCCCCGGCCAGCCCUACCGGGCCCUCUACAAGGUGCUGGUCACAGUCUACCUCUUCCUGGGCCUGGUCGCCAUGGUGCUCGUGCUGCAGACUUUCCGCCGUGUGUCUGACCUUCACGGCCUCACAGAGCUCAUCCUGCUGCCCAGUCCAUGCCCUACCAGCUUCGACGAGGAUGGGGACGAUCGGGUGGACAUUCUGGGCCCCCAGCCAGAGCCACAGCAGCCAUUCACCACCGGCCUGCACACUGACUACGCCUCCAUCCCCAGGUAGCUGGGGGCUGCGGACCUGGCCUGUGGCUGAGGGGCCCAAAGGACUGGACUGACAGACUAGCACGUCCACAAGCACAUGCCAGCGUUCCUGAGGCCCUGCCUCCGCUAUCCGUCUGUCCUUUGUCUUACGUGCCUGAGCACCGCCCGGAUCCAGGAACCAGCAUUGCCUGUUUCCCCUGCCCCUCCUCUCACCUCCCUGCACACUCUGUGCUUCCCUGGCUUCCUCACCGUCUCUGUCUCUCCCUCUCACCGUCUCUUUGUUUCUCAUUCUUUUACUCACGCCAUCUAUCACUCACCACCUGCUGAUUCUCCCAGGCUCUGGGCUCAGACCUCAUUUCAGGUGCUAGAUCAGUCACUCCACUUUGGCCAAGUGACCGGCCCUCUCAGAGCCUUGAUCUCCCUGUCUGUCAAGUGGAAAGAGUAUAUUCAUUCAUUCAAAACUCCCUCCUCUGUGCCAACCCGUGCUGGGCAGUGCUAGGGACAUAGCAGUGUUCCAGAUGGUCUGGGCCCUGCUCUUAUGGGGCUUGCCAUCCUGUAAGGUAGAC